ACGUCGUUCGUUCUCGUUUCGCAGUUGGAGCGAAGUUGAGUACAGGAAACGUCGUCGUCGUCGAUUUGUGAGCUGUGUGCUUGCUUCCAUCGCAGCAGUUGUCGACACACACGCAGUGAAAAGGAUUUUUUUUUGUAUUUGCUGAUAUCCUACUAUCUCUUGUGGACGCCAUCGUGAAAGCUAUUGUUCGUUACCGCUAGCCCGAAGGAAACAAUAGGGAGCGCCUGUUUUGUGCAAUUCGACCAUCUUUGUGCGAACGGAAAAAGCUUUUCUUCGUUUUAUUUCUGUGCGUUUUUAUUUUAUUUUUAUCGGUGUGUGCGAAAGUGAUGUGCGCGCGUACGUGUGUGAACUGUCAAAACUGAAGAGAAGAGCAGACAAAAAAAUAGAAAAUGUGUGCUGUGUAGUGUGCAGAGAAGAGCAGAAGAAAAGGCCACCACCAUCGGAAGAAAGAGGAAUUUUUGCUACUCGCGUUCGUGGUUUCGGGUGGAAAUGUCCGCAUUUUAAGUUUAAUUCGUUCCGCUGCAGUCAUUUCCCGUUGGAUUUUUCCGUCACGUUUUUUCUCCUGCAAAGAGCCUCCAGUACGGCAGACGGAACAAAGGGGACCGCUAUUCGGGACUCGGUCAGGCGAUAGGAAUUGACGGCGUAGUUCACGGGCUGGCUGCCUGGCUGGCUUUUGUUUGCACGGCCAGGCGUCGGGACGCGGUCGAACUUGAAAAAAUCGUCUAUUUUCGGAAGUUGAAAUAAACUACGCGUAAGAGGAUUCCUCACCCGAAAGCAUUCAGUGUGAAGGUGGAAAUAUUGCGUGUGCGAGCCGCUUGACUAAUUAAUAACAUGUAAUGCAAUAAAAAGGCAAGCCACAACGACGCAAAUGUUGUUCAAGCAAAAAGAAAGCGAUUGCAACAACAGUCGAUAUCCAUUUAUAGCGGACGGCAAGUAUUAGGUGAACGCUAAGCGCGUGAAUCCUUCCGGAGAUAAGACGGGAGAAUAAAUCAAACAAAAAACAGUAAUCCUGACACAGCCAAAAGCGAGACAACACAACAUGAAAUUUUCCGGUGGAAAUCCAUUGCUAUUUUGCGAGCAGGUGGGAACGGUGACGUCUUUUUUCGAACAGUGGAACGACUGCGAACGGACAGUCGUUCUCUACGCACUUCUUAAGCGGGUACCAUUUGCAAACUUGAAGUUCCUGCAAUUAUCGAUCGAUUAUAAUCUUGCCCAAAACUACAGCUCUCAGAGUAAGCUACAGCUGCUGGAGACGCAUGCCAACAAUGCAAAUUUUCUGAACAAACUCGUUCAACGAUAUCAGACUACCUGCUGCGGGGUGAUACCGGGUACCGGGGAUGGGGGCGCAAGCGUUACUAGUAAUCACAACAAUAACAACAGCAACAUUGCCAACAACAAUUUGACUCCAUCCGAUUCCGGGUACUCGGACUUAGAGAAGAAAAAUUCCAACUUCGAUCUGUCGUCCACAUCCUCGUCUUCAUGCUCGUCAACUUCUGGCAUGUCAUGCGGUUCCACCCCGUCCCAGGCGAUGCUGGUGGCACCUCAAACGGCCACACCUGUGAACAGCAACAAGAUGGACAAAGCGACACUCGCCAAAAACAAACUGGCCGAAACCAAGAAGGACAUCCUUAACGAUAUGCUGACGUACCUGCCGCUUCUGAAACCCGGCAACGAUGACGUGAAGAGUGUGUACAUGUCGCUCAUUCCGGCCGCCGUAGAGGACGCCUGCCAGCAGACGGUACCAACCGAGCUGGUACAGCACAUACUAUCCUACUUGUUGAUUCACCCUGCGGUGAAUAACGAUGAUCGCAGAUCUCUAAGCUACUGGCUGCGCCACCUGGAGGAACACAUCGCUUCCUCAUACAUCCCGACAACGCUUACCUCAACGACGGUAGCAGCAACGGCCACCGGUGGCAACAAGAGCAACAACGCUUCAAGCAAUAGCAAUUAUUUUAUUCUUCCUCCUGCUGCAGCCGGAGCGGCCACACACAGCCAGCAUCAUCAGCAACAGCAGCAGCAAUUUGUUGGUGGAUCCAACAACAACCCGGCUGCCAAAACUGGCAGCCAACAAUCGCUACAAUUCCUCGCAGCUGGCUCCUGGCAUCAUCUAGCGCAUCAACCGCAACAGCAACCGCAACAGCCGCCUCAGCAGCAGCAACUUCCAAGCAGUACUGGUAGCACUGGAGGUUGCAAGAAACUGUCAGGCCAGCAGCCAGCACAGUCGUUUAGCAUUUCUAACUCGUCACUGUUGUCUAAAUCUCAGCAGAGUUUGAAUCAGACUAGCAGUAGCAGUAGUUCCAGUUCUAGUUCCUGUCUUGAUAGCACCGUUUCACAACUUCUGAAAUCGACCAACAUGCUGGUCAAUCUAGAAUGGACACCGGAGGCUGCCGGAGCCGAGGACGGUGGGGGAGGAGGAGUUGGUAACGGCAGUUCAGGCUCAGCAGGAAGCAUGGACAAUGUCACGAUUAAAGAGUUUGUGCCGGUCACAUUUGGGUUUCACUCAUCGGCAACGGGUAACGGUGCUAACAAGCCGGCCGUAGGAAGUAACAGUACCAGUAACAAUACCAGUAGUAGCAGCAACAAUAGUGGCAGCAAUAGUAAUGCCCUCAAACACCACACUCUGAUCGCUUCUUCUAGUCAACAGCCCCAGGGAGGUUUUUUGGGCAGCAGCAGCGUCAGCACUAAUACCACCAAUGGCAACGGCGGUUUAAAUCUUAACGGAAGCAUGAGUCAUGGUACUGUGGUCCUGACGGAUCUCGACUCCAGUGAUGAUAAUCAUCUGAGUUUCAGCAAAAAUGGAACAGAAAUUUUCGACUACGAUUGUGAUUACGAUAAUGAGGAAGAGUUCAACUAUUUGGCACGGGCAGCAGCCGUGGCGGCUGCUUCUACGGCUGGAACAGCUUCCAACAAUAAUGGUACGGUUUCUGGGGUGCAAAUCGCGGCUGGUUCCGCGAUUACCCCCGGGACUGCUGUCAGCAAAAAUCGUGUCUCCUUCGAUGCUAAUAUUAGUGAUUAUUUGCGGGUGCCUCCGAUUGCGAUCGGUGAUUUUGACUGUGACGGAAGUGGCCUGCUAAAAACUCGUCGAUCCAACAGUUUAACCACUACUGUUAGCAGUGUGUGCGGACUUUCGAUGGGAGAGCUGCAUCAGCAAAAACAGAGCAACGAAUGUCUGUCGGCGGAAAAUCUGACCAAUUUGCAGUUAUUGCAGAAUAAACCGCGAAGCUUCUCGUUGACGAUGGAGAGUCCUCGGUCGUCACUAACUUCCAGUGGAUCGGAAACACGCCUGGAUGAUUUUAAGCAGCAUCAGAUGGUCAAAAUGUACGGUCAACCAAAUGUUGGCAUGUCUAGUAUCGCGCAUUGGUUGAAAAGUUUACGGCUGCACAAGUACGUGUGGCUAUUCUCCAAUUUAACCUACGAGCAGAUGAUGGAAAUGACCGAAGAGUAUUUAGCUAGCUUGGGUGUGACUAAGGGGGCUCGUCACAAGCUGGUCAUCUGUAUUCAGAAGUUAAAGGAACGCUAUGGGACCUUAGUACGAAUGGAGAAAGAACUGCUGUCUACCGGAGGAGCCAAGAGUCAGCUGGGUUCCGUGUUUGACGAACUGACCAAUAUCGUGCUGACUCCGAUGAGACCGGCUGGGCUCGACCCGAAAGAGGAUAUUGCGGGGCAGUUUAUAAAGCUGUUGGAUUUGAUUGCAUCGUUUCUACUGGUGAGACCGGUUUGUGGAGCUCAGGAUGAGGAAUACUUGAACAUCUUUAUCUGGGUGCUGGAACGAGCUCUGCAUAAUGACGCAUUUGCACCGCACGCGGCGCAGAUCAAGGAAUAUAAGUAUAAGGCGAAUAAGAUCAAAAUGCAGUUCACUCCGAAGGCACAUUAUGCGAAAAACGCGAACCUAAACGGGAGCAUCAACAAACCGAGGUGGACCGUAGUGAACAAGCAUAAACCGAACAACUCUAACGAGCUGCUGCACCAGAAGACACCUCAUCGCAAGAGUUCGUUGCAAUACUUCACCUCGCCGAUGCAGCAGCAGCAGCAGCAACAACAACAACAACAGCAGCAACAGCAAACUCAAGCACCUCCGCAGCAACAACAGCAACAACAAGCAAACACGUCUUCGUCCCACAGUCAUCUUCAAGCAAUUCCACAUCAGUACUACGCUGCUGGCGGAGCCGGCCACGGUAGUCACGGGGCCAACGUUGGUACCGGUCAUAACAACAACUACAACAAAAGUUCGUCCUAUCCGAACUUUGCUUCCAACUUGUCCAGUAGCAGUGGUGGCGGCAGUGGCACCGGUGCCGGCGCUUCCGGUGGUAAUAUUAAGCAUCAUUCCCAGCCGCAUCCCCCGCCGGGGCAACAACAACAGCAUCAACAGCAACCGCAGUUGCAACCACUUCCACAGCAAACGCACGUUACUCAUGGCAACUUCAUGUACCACCGGCAUUCGUUGAACAAUAUCUCCGGCCACCAGCAUCAGCAACAGUUUCUGCAGCAGCUGCAGAAUCAACAGCAGCAGCAAUCGCCGAUUCUACCCUCGAUUUACUUAACUUCGAUGGGUGGUCCAUCUGCUUCGAACACAAACAUCAAAUCAAGUCAACCAGUUGAAUCAGCCGGAAUCAAAGACCAACAGAAGCCGAGCUCGGUGUCGCCGGCCGAUUUGCUCAGUAGCAAAAGCCAGAAUAACAGUAUCGGGGAUAUCAACACUCGGCUGGAGUUCCUCUGCUUGCAAAUGACCGAACAGGCGAUCAACUAAAUUACGGCAGGUUGAGGUAGUAAAUAGCACUUUAUUUAGUGGUCAUAGUUGUAACAGCAAUUGUUAGAAUGUUGUUUAGUUUAGCGCAAUCGCUCGGGACAAUAUGCGCUGUGUCGACCCCAACGCUAGAUUAACAAAAUAACAAAAAAAAAAAGAAACAACGCAAUCUUCACUCCCGGUGAGGAAAGUAUUGCUGAAGGUUUUGCGAAAAGGGGUCAGAUCUGUGUGCGCAUAUCAACGACAGCUAAAGCGAUAGUUUUUCAAUUUUUGACGCUCUUGAAAUUAUUAAGCUUCACAAAACAAGAAAGAAAAUAAUUCUUAUAAAACAGACAAAGAAAAAUCUAUUUCGAAUAUCUAUGUAUCUAUUAAACACUUUCAAAAAUAAUGAAAAAAAAAAGCAAACAUGUGGUUGCAAUUUCUCGUUGGAACAAACUUUGAUAGUUUUCGUUUGUUUUAGCUUUUGACUCUAGCUAGACCAAGGCAGCAGCAAAUGGAAUUAAUUUUGUAAAAAAUGGACUAAAUGCCGAGUGAUAGAGAGAGAGAAAGCUAGAACGGUAGUGAGUGCAGGGAAAACUUUCCACAAAAGCGGGUAUUUGAAAGUGGUAGUAUUUUUGUUAUUAUUUUAUUUUUUUGCGCAUCUAAAUUUCAAGAAAUUUUACUAUUUAUACACGUACUUUAUUGUAGACGCAUGAAAUAAAACAUAAUUACCGAAUUAUUAUCAAACUAGAUGUGUGCAAAGAGUGGGCUCUUGAGCUUUCUCCAAAGUAUCGAAAAUUAGAAAUUGUUGCAACCAAUCCGGGCUGUGAAACAGCAGGCAAUGUUUCGACGGAAACUUGGUGUUACAUUUUUUUUUGCUUUUGGUGUAGUUUGACAUCUAGAAAAUUUGCCCCAUGCGUACUAUUUAUCAAUGCAGCAUUGGAAUUGAAAACUCAAGAGUCCGGAGAAGAAGAAAAAUUAAAGGUUAAGGGAACUUCGAAUCAAACAAAUAAUCAUUCGUUAUGGAAUAUUGCGAAAUGUUUAAAUUCGAAGCAAAAAGUCAACUACAGUCAGAAAAUUCCAUAACUACGAAAUAACGAAACGAAACAGAAAUGUGAUUGUGAUUUUGUUCCCCCAGAAAUCAUGCGUACUAUUUUGGAUGUAUGAAAUAACGUGGUAACUCUUUUUGCUCACCACGAUAUAUGAACAAAACAAAAGCUAUUAUUUAUUUAAGCGAGAAAGUCUAGGAGUACACACAAAAUUAUAAAACCUGUUCGCACUUGUACUAAUCUUAUAUCUUAUAGAUGUGUCAGUUUAAUUGUUAAAUAACAAAAGAAAAUCUAUGACGCAAACUUUUGAUGGUUAAAGGAAAUCCAUAAAUUUCGAAGAAGUAUGUUUUCUUGGUUGUUUAUUUACCCUGCCGUCAACAUUUCUGCAUACUGUGUAUAAAAAGCAGACUUUUCAGUUUCGGUGGAAACAAAAAUCUGUAUAAUUGCAUCCAGAGACACUAAAGUAAACUCCAAUUUGGAACGAUACCCUGCCACACGACCUGAAAAACGUUUAGUUGUUUAAUUGUGGAUCAAUCAAACACGCAGCAUGUCAUCGCUAGAAGAUAGAGUGAAGGUAAUUAAAAUGGCGUUGUUAAAUAUUUAAUAAAAAAAAGCAAAGAAGGAAACAAACAUACAUUGAAUACCCAUAUUUUACUUCUGUUCUAUUUCCUUGACGCUUUUUGCGAAAAAAAAAUGCAAACGUAGUGCGAUGCACCUAGCGAUUCGGUAACUGUAGAAACUCCGUGCGCCAAACAAGCAAAUCUCCGUAGAUGGAAAAAUAAGGAAAAUGCAACGGUUGCAACCAGCAGUAACCAAUAGUAUAACAGUGGUUAAACGAAAUAUAUGAACGUACGCUCGCUGAUGGUAGAAAUCAACCGUCUGCAGUUAGUAGUGUAAUCAUCAGUUUCACUAGAAUACUGGUUUGUGCGCAGGAAAGGAAAAUCCGGGCGAGAAAGGAAAAUACCAACAAGUUUUAUGUAGUGGAGUUUUCAUUGCGAGCAAAGGAAUAAAACAAAUCUAGUAAUGGAAAAGAUUUAUUUUUGAACCG